AUAUAUAUAUAUAUAUAUUUAUUUAUCUGCCCUGGCGGCACCCGCCAAUCUUCGGAGACGACGCGCAGCUUCAACUCCUUACACAUCAGUUUUCAGACUGACCGGCGGCAACUCGGGCGAUGGCGAGGACUAGUCGCCGGCGACGGGCUGCCAAAUUGAUGGCCAAACCAUCGGUCAAGGCGGAAUCCUCCCUCGACGAGCUGUCCUCCCUCGACGAGCUGAAAGGCAAUCCAGACGAUAGGAUCAGCAGCUUGCCAAAUGACAUCCUGGUCAACAUUCUCGACCGACUCGAUGUUUGCGCCGCUGCGAGAACCAGUGUCCUCUCGAGACGGUGGAGUCAGCUUCCUGGCAUGGUCCCGCGGCUUACAAUCAGUGCUCGUGACCUCCUGCCCUCAGAAACUAAAACCAGCAUUUCCAAUGUUGAAUUGGUUCGGAAAACCACUGCAGCUGUGGCCAAAGAUUUGGCUAAUGCAACAGUGUCCAAAGCUGAAUUGGUUCAGAGGACCAAUGCAGCUGUGGCCAAAGCCUUGGCCGAUGCAGCCAAAGCUGUGGCCAAUAGAGCUGUGGCCAAAGCGACAAAGAGCAUACUGGCACGCAGGGAUCCGGGUGGAUGGCCCAUUCGCCUCUUGAGCAUGACGUUCUACUUGAGAGACGAUGCACCCAUAUCAGUUGGGCAUGCUGUUGGCAGUGCCAUGGUAACAUUCAAGGUUGAGAAGGCCGAAUUCACAGUUCUGACAGAGAAGGAACGCCUAGAGUGCACAAUUGAUGAUUUGAUGAAAUACGGGGCACGGUUUGUUUCAUUUUUUAAUGAGUGUACGAAUACAUUUGCUGGUCUCACGCGCCUCUACCUGGAGAAUUUAAGAUUCGCUGAAUCGGACUUCGUCUGCAACAUCCUUGUCACUUGCAAGAGAUUAAAACAUUUAUGUUUUCUCAAUUGCGACACAGAGAGUUGGAUAACGCUCCAAAUUGAACACGCAGAACUCAGUGAGCUCAGUAUUGUCAAUUGUCGUUUUGACAUGGUCAAAGUCGACUGGGUUCCGAAGCUAACCCGUAUGGUGUUUGAGUUUUGGAUGUCUUUCAAAGAACCGCCACUGUCAUUUGGCUAUGUCCCAUUGCUUGAUGUUCUGAGUGUUUCAAAUGUUGGUCUUAGUUGGCAUGAAAUGGUCAAGUUAAGUACAUUUCUUCAUGAGACCUCUGUUCGAGACCUGAGGUUGGGGUUUAAAUGCGAAAAGAUUUGGGUUCAACCAGAGUGUCUGACCAAAAGGCUGGCAUCUGUGUUCCACCAACUAAGGAUUGUCAAUCUAGUUGACAUUCCUGAAGGGUAUGAUCUCACCUGGACAAUGUUCAUUUUGGAAGCGGUGCCGUCCCUAGAGGAGUUCUACAUGACGGUAAUGGACCAUCCUUGUGAAAUGCAAAUGGAUCAGGAGAAGAGGAGGGCCAAGUUGUAUAGCGAGGACAAAGGUGUUGAGUGGGAAUCACCUGCAUCGAAUUUCAGGCACCACCGUCUGAGCAAACUCAUCAUCUUCUGUUUUCAGUCUGAUGAACACAUGGUGAGUCAUGUCAGGCGUGUCAUGAAAGCAGCGGUGAAUCUAGGGGAUGUGUACCUGUAUGAUAGACUGACAUGUCCAAAGUGCCGACACGUGAAACCUCUAAAGCGGACAAGGUUCCCGGAGACGAGCAAGCAGAGGUGUUGGGUGGAGAAGCAAGUCAGGGGGGGCAUCGAAUCACUUGCCACAAUCCACUUCCUGAGGAAUACUGAAAUAAGGGAUGAACAUGUUUCAAGGAUAGUGUAGUGUUUUCCUUGUGAGAUUCUUUGUGUGGGGUUCUGAAGGCAUUAGAGGCAGUUUAUUGAAUGGCAGUCUCGGUCGGAGCACUUCUCAAGAGAAAGUGGUUAGUUCUGCUUUGUGCUUUUUCGCCACGACUCAUGGCCAAAAGGCUUUUCUAGCUUGAUCUGCUUUUGUUGUUGCAACGGCUUGAUGAUUGUUCGUAUAAUUAAAUUCAGUUGGAAGCACUCGUGGCACUAUAUUCCCUGAAUUCUGUAAUCCAGUUAAAUAUGAGACCGGUUCUGUUUAUCUGUACGCUGUUGUGUAAAAUGGAAGUUAGUUGUGCUGGUGAGCAUCAA